AUGAAGGAUGGAGACUGCGCUAAGUGUGAUGCCACCUCCCAUAUCAAGGAGGAUUGCAAGAGCGAUGGUAAGAUGUGCCUCUUUUCCCACUUCACUCAGUGUCCGUGCCCUUGCCACCACCACUCUCACACUCUAUUGUGUGGGCAAGUGUGUCUCAAUCUGUACAACUUUCCUCGUCGACACCAUCCCGCCGCCUAACCAACUUGUCAAUUCGUCCUUAAUUACAAGCCUUCACCCCUCCUACUCCUUCUUCUUCUCCUUCUUCCUCUUCUCCCCAGUUUCCCCUUGAGCGCGUUAGGAGCUGAUGAAAGCGAUGCCAUCCCUCCCCGUCUUGUGGUGGUUUUGGUAGUGGGAGCCCAGUCCCAAGAUGCGUUGAUUGCAAGUGUCACUUCCGAAACACCCUAGUUAGUCGCUCUUCUUAUUGUGCGUCAAGCACAAGCAAGCGGCAGCACUGGACAGGCCCCGCCCGACGACUUUUCGCAUCUAAAGUCAAUCUACAAUCAUCCAGCCAAACAACUGGCCCAAAUCCCCAAUUCUAUGUAUUUUUUCGGUUUGGUCCCUUUUCCUCUUCCUCUCGACUAAAUUUGCACCAUGACGCAAUGCGCCGCUAUUUUCUUUGCCAGGGACUACGGUUGUUUUUGCAAGCCCUCUCCGCUAUUGACACUACUUUUAUUAAGUACAGUGUUAUUGUAGUUGUCAUCCAGUUCAGUAUGGAGUGGUGCCACGUGGGAAAAAACUCUGAUUUUUUGUACCUCUGUCAGGUUGAACGGUGCAAAGAACAAAAGCUGAAGGAUCUCGCGCGCGCGCUGUUUCAUCCUUGUACUUCUCGCUGCUCGCCGCUCUUCCAAUACACACAAAUCCACCGAGAUUUCGAAUUUCGUGCCUCGCUUACUGUCCUUCCUUCUCCCUUCUGUCUGUAUCGUUUUCGGCAAGCAAAUACAGCCGACCGGCCGGCCAGCUAAUAAGAAGAAGAGAGAAACGGUCGACGCGUGUCUUUCGGAGCAGGGUGACGUGUCAAUGAGGCUUCCCGAGUCCCUCUUCAUAGUACUUCGUUUUCUCUCACCGUGUUGCAAAGAGGGGUUCAAGUAUCGGCAAGAGAGAAAACCACUCAUUGCCCCUCAGACUCUCUAAACCUCCUUUCGGUAUAAUUUAUUCACUAAAUGCUACCGACGACUUCAAUUUAUAUCAUUUGAACCGUGGCGGGACGAAAAAGAGAAGUAGGAACCAACUUAUACAUCCCUCAUUCACUCAUGUAUAUGCAAGUGCAUAUCUUUCGAAAAUUUUGGAAAUUUUCCACUUUUGCUCCCACCCGCAGUUAGUCAGACAUACAAACGACAUCCGAGAUGCGGAUCGAAAUUCGUGUUACCAUGGACAAGAGGAUAUGCGAGACAAUAUCAAAUUUUUCUGACGUUUCUUCUCAUUCCCAUUCCGCCUGCAUAAUUACUAUCGCCCACUCAUUCUUAUCUUCUUGUUUUCAGCAUACAAACCUCAAGAAAUGCGAACGAUUGAACCACGUUGCACGGUAUCCAGUUCAUCCAAGCAGUGCCGCGCCUCACGACACUAAGUUUUCAAAGACUUACCUCAAUAAGGACAGAAAGGUGGGUUCAGACAAAUGCUACCGUACUUGUUUUCCGACCCCUCCACUUUUUUGCACUGAAAAAGAAAACAAGCAGAGUGAUGCAGGGGCGUCAGCACCACGGAAAGGGAAGAGAGAGAGGGAGAAAGAAGAGUGUCCCCGCUACAAAUUAGUCCAAUCUGACACUAUAGGUUGUCACUCAAGGAAAGCGAAAAGAGGCAGGAGCUUGCCUUAAUUUCCUUUUUUUCCCGUACGCAGAAAGCUUUCACCCAUCCAUCCUGACAAGUCUACUUUCUUCACAAAUUCCCUCACCUUACUUUUUUUGCUCGGUUUAAUACAGACUGGGAUGCAUAGAUGGAUACAUAGAUGGCUAGGCACCUUUUGUCAGGAAAUUCCCAAUUUUCGUUUUGUUUUCUUCCGUUUUCGCAAUGCUCUCAGUUUAAGAAAAAGCGUCAGAGAACCAGAGAAGAGAGAACUAGCUGAAACUUUUUGAUCCUUGAAAAACAUGAUAUUUCUGUUGACAUGUGACCAUAUAUUUCUUUACUUUCCUUCUCAAUCAUCUUCUUACUUUCAACUUCAACUUUAUGACGAAAGUUUGAGGGGAGGAAAAAGAAUGAGAGCCGGAUGAAGAUCUUCUAAAAGGAUUAUAAUUCAAUUUGAUAUGCUCUUCGGGAGGGCAUCUUCCUGACGAGAAGACGUAAAGAAGACAAGGAGGCAGGCUAGGCCACGCCCCACAGGGAAACCUUUCGAGUUUUAUCCCACCUCUGUCUAUUUCGUGUUUCUUCUUUUUUUGCUGCCGCUGCUGCUACUGCGGCCUCUCCCGCUUCUUUUUAUAUUCCUAAGACUCAUCAUCAUUCUGUGGCGACCACAUGAAGGAGAAACAGUGGUGAUUAUUGCAGUUCUUGUCCGCCGGAAUGCUUCUAUAUUAUCUGGCGGCCAUAUUCAAGGGCUUACAUCCUCGAGUCGACGACGAUUUUGUGGACAAGCUCAAUUAUCACUACACUUCUGCUAUUAUAUUCGCGUUUGCGAUAAUUGUGUCUGCCAAGCAGUACGUAGGUAAGUACAUCUCAAAAAUAUUUCGUUCAGCUACAAUAAUCUUGGUUUUUGCAGGUUACCCUAUACAAUGUUGGGUACCCGCGCAGUUCACCGACGCUUGGGAACAGUACACCGAAAACUAUUGUUGGGUGGAAAACACCUACUACCUCCCGUUGACCAGCGCCUUCCCUUUAGAAUACGGUGACAGGAGGUAACAAAAAGUUGUGGGAAACUGCAGUAACCCAGUUUCAAUUCAGGGCAAGGCAAAUCAGUUACUAUCAAUGGGUUCCAUUCGUGCUCGCACUCGAGGCAUUAUGCUUCUACAUCCCGUGCAUUAUGUGGCGAGGAUUGCUGCACUGGCAUUCUGGUGAGCAAAAAGUGAAAAGCUGGAUGAUAUGAGUCGUUAGAAACCGCACAGUUGUGCAAUGCAAUGUGUAUGCUUAGAAAAGAAAGUGGUAGGAGGUGUGAAGUGGAGACGAGAGAAUCAUUAAUAAUUUAUUGCUUAACGAUUCCCCACUCCGACGGAGAAACUUUUAUCACCUCGAGAAGAGGGAUAGCUUCUCUGACAGAGGGAUCAUAAUGUCCGCGUCCGGGUGUCGUGACGAGUGACACGAGAAUAAAGGGUUCGUUUUCAGGAAUCAAUGUGCAAUCAUUGACUCAAAUGGCAUGCGAUGCACGGAUGAUGGACGCCGACGCCCGAGCAGCCACGGUGCAGACAAUUGCCGGACACAUGGAGGACGCUCUCGAAAUCCAGAGAGAGGUUUGUUGAUUUACAUGCGAUUGGAAAACAAGAAACAAACAUUCAAAUGCAUUAUUACAGGUCACAGACGUGUCCGGUAUGUGUGUGCAGAAGCGAUGGGCAAACUAUGUGACAUUAUUAUACGUGUUCAUCAAAAUGCUCUACCUGGGAAAUGUUGUGUUACAAGUGUUCAUGUUGAACAGUUUCCUGGGCACUGACAAUCUGUUCUAUGGCUUUCACAUUUUAAGAGAUUUGUUGAACGGCCGAGAAUGGGAGGUCAGCGGGAACUUUCCACGUGUCACAAUGUGCGAUUUCGAGGUAAGAGUUGAGAUUUGAAGCAUGUAAUAUAGUUGUUUGAAACUUUAGGUACGAGUACUGGGUAAUGUGCACCACCACACAGUCCAAUGCGUUCUGAUGAUCAACAUGUUUAACGAGAAGAUCUUUCUGUUCCUCUGGUUUUGGUACUUCAUGGUUGCCUUUGUGUCAGCUGUGUCCAUGUUCCACUGGGUUAUCAUCUCAUUCCUUCCGGGACAGGUAACUUUGAUCUUCUUUUUGUAUUUAGAGUAAUUGGCUCAAUUUCAGCAUAUGAAGUUCAUCCGGAAGUACCUCCGAGCGACAGACUUGGCCACUGACAGGCAGUCGGUGAAAAAGUUUGUGCACAAAUUUCUCGGAUACGACGGAGUAAGACGCACCCUUUGAGUGGCAGUAAUUAAGCUAACGAAUCUAAUUAAGGUGUUUUGUAUGAGGAUGAUUUCGGCGCACGCUGGAGACAUUCUUGCGACAGAGUUAAUAGUAGCCCUAUGGCACAAUUUCAAUGAUCGGGUUAGGAAGGUAAGCCAUUUUCGGAACGGUUUAGUUGCGGUUUUUUGGUUUGAGAUUUUCAAUUAGUUCGUUUAAAACAAAACAAAACAAGAUUACGAGAUAACAGUUCAAUCUAAUUUUUUGAAUUAACUUACAUAGACAACUUUUGGAGAAAACAAAAUUCGAUGAAACGCCGAAAAGUCCAAUCUCUAAAGGCAUAUCGUUUCCAGAAUUACGAGCAAGUCUCUGAGCAAUAGACACCAAACCAAACCAGCUGAGCUUCUAUCUCUCUAUCAAUGUUGGUUUUUCUCUCCCCUAGCCUCUGUCUGAAAGGAAAGCGCGCCCUGAAAUCAAAAGCCUUAACUGCCUAUCCAAUUCACUAACCAUUCAUAGUUUUUUGUGUCCACCACGAUGUGCCUUUAGUGAUUCGAUUCAUUGCUCAUCGAUUUUCUGUCUUUGUUUCAUCAUUUCACACCAUCGGGUGCACUUUUUCUUGACGGGAAAAGUCGACAAAAACGAACACGAAAACAAGUUUCGAGAUUUCAUUUUUUGCCCUUCGAUUUCAAUUUAAAAUCACACAAUUCCAUUGUUUCCUUCUCACUCACACUUUUUCACGAUUUUCCCUUUUCUUUUCCUAUCACUCACACAACUCACAUUUACACACACAUACACACACACACACUUACCGUAACCCAGUGAAAUAACAACAUGCAUGAUCCGUAUUAGGGGUCUCGGAUCUAACAGUUUCCUAUCACUUCAAGCUACUGUAGUUCUUUCCUAGUGCCUGUGUUCGUCCGCUUGUGAUGGGUGGUCCAUGUGUGGAAAUCUUCCUAUUUUUACGAUUCAUUCACAAAACACAAAAACAAAAACUGCAAAACCGGCGGGGUUUAUUCCGCGGGUGCCCUCAUACUAACACAUUUCUUAGCCGAGAGACCACUCACUCAUCGGACAAACGCAGGCGUUUCGAUUCGAAUUUUCGCUUUUCCAUUGUAACCAUUUCAAGAUACAAUUCAACUCAACGGAGUCUCUCAACCACUAACCUUCACUUCCACCACCAAGCUCACCAAUUCCACCACGUAUGUCCGAAAUCCGAGGGGUUUUCCGAUUAACAAACAAAAUAUACGCGGCGAGUGUCUGUAGUCGUAUCUCUUUCUGGAAUGAUCUUGCGAUUUUCUAUAUAUGUUCUUUUUCCGCUCACUUCGCCAUGGACAUCCCCGACCACACCCGACAGACUGUUUUUGUGUUUUAGAAUGUUUUCACACACACACACACUCACUCAUGUUGCCUGGCUUUUUGUACUGCACGAUACACCAACCCCUUUCUUUUCUGUCUUGCUUUCCGAUCCCCUGUCUGAAAAAGUGAUGACGAGACAAACGUUGACAAGUGUGCCCGGUGCCCGAUUCCUCUGUUUCUUGAAAACUGGACUGAUUUUCGAACUGAAUUAAACCAGAAUCAAACGUUAAUGUUCUGCAUGACAACGCAACGCGGCAACCAAUAAAUUCUUGAGUUCAUCCGACCCAAGACUUGCUUUUGUUUCACUAGAUUGAUUCCAACCGAUUUACAUGGGGGUGGCAGAAAAGCAGAAUAUGACGAUGACUAGUCUCAAUCAAAAAAGUUAAUGUUUUCGGUUUCAGAGUCCAAUCGAAAUGUUUGAAGGAGGUGUCACUCAGUCACCCAGCAAAUUAGAUGCCAAUUUCAAGACGUGGCUACUCGGACAGACGAGGUGAGUCGGAGAAUGCACUGACGGACACGUUGACAAGUUGACAAGGCGGAUCCUCCGCCGCGGAGCAAAUUAGGCAUGGAGAGUCAACUUGUCGACGUGUUUCAAGUGACGUGAUCGGUGUUUUGUGACUUUGCUUAGCGGGGGUCAAAAUCCGAAGUUUGAAAAAAGGCCUCGAAAUUGAUCUGUAGUGAUUAGAUGCGGAAAGCGAGUGAGCGCAGUCCAGUCGAGCCUGUGUUUUGUUGUAUUGCAGGGCCUCGGAGGCCAAUGGGGGCUCUCGGCUGCUGUCUGCUCGCUAA